GUUGUUGCCAGGGAGACGGCUCACAACAGCGAUGGACACAAGUGUCCCGUCUGAGCUGCUGGACAAGAAACACUCACUGCAGCGGCUCUGAGACACUCUGUCCUCUCCUCACCGUCUCUGAGUGAAGAAAACACACAGUUUCAUCGCGUUGGAUUAAAAAGGAAUAACCUCUCGUUACCUAAACUGAGUUUUGGAGUGGAUGAGUGAUCACAGAAAGAACACAAAGGACGACAUCCUCCGCUGGCGUGCUAUGGCCUCUGUGUUGAACAGUGCCUCGUAUCACUCCAGCAGAUCUCAGUGAACACUGGGCUGGUUCGAGCUGUUUGCUGCUGCAGCCGGGAUGAUCAUGUCCCAUAUGAACGGUUAUGUUCAAGAGGCCUCCAGUCAGGCCAAGGGCCACAGGGAGCGAGCAGUGGACUGUCCGGGGGAGGAGAGCAGCCUUGUCAAAUCUCCACAAAGCAGUGCCCACAUGGAGAGGAUUCAGCACUACCAGGAGGAGCUGAGGAAGAGGAGAGAGGAGGACAUCAGGGGGAAGCAUGACAUCGACCCUAAUGCUUCACUGAGGCUCAAGAAGCUGUCUCAGAACCCCAAGGUGGGCAUUGACAAUCCCACCUUCGAGGGGAAGGAAAAGGCCGCCAAAGACACAUGCUCCCAGGAUCCUGUAGCCGACCUGACGGAGUUUCUGCAGGCCCUGAAGAGGGCGAAGCACUGCCUGAGUGAUACGCAGAGCCAGCAGGAUGUGGAGCUGAUAAUGCAGCUCGUUGCCAAGGAGGACUUCAGGAAUGCCUACGCCAUCUACGGCGCUGUGUCCCAGCAGAUGAACAGAGUCAGUCCCACCUCACCCCUCACAGCACAAGCAGGGGAUCUCUGCCAGGAGGUCCAGAAGAUUCUCCAGUCCAACCAUCAGAAGGAGGUUUUGGAGCUCAAGGCUCUGCUCACCAAUCCUCAUCUCAAGGCACUGAUGCAGGCUCACGACGGUGUGGCGGGGCAGGAACUGCCAGAGGAAAAUCUGAUCCAGUACCUCGGAGAGACGGUUAAACUGGUGCGACUGGAGAAGUCCCGCGACACUCCACUGGGUGCGACAGUACGUAACGACAUGGACAGCGUGUUGGUGAGUCGGGUGGUGAAAGGCGGAGCAGCAGAGAAGAGUGGCCUUCUCAGCGAGGGAGACGAGAUCCUGGAGAUCAACGGGAUAUCUAUUCGUGGGAAACACGUCAACGAAGUCCACGACUUACUGCAACAAAUGCAAGGCACUCUGACCUUCCUCCUCAUCCCGAGCUCUCAAAUUAAACCUGCCCCACACAGACAGACGGUGAUGCACGUGCGAGCUUACUUUGACUACGACCCCUCCGAUGACCCCUUCGUGCCGUGUCGGGAGCUCGGCCUGUCCUUCCAGAAGGGAGACAUCCUCCACGUCAUCAGCCAGGAUGACCCCAACUGGUGGCAGGCCUACCGGGACGGAGACGAGGACAACCAGCCACUUGCUGGACUCGUUCCAGGGAAAAGCUUCCAGCAGCAGAGAGAGACCUUGAAGAAAACUAUAACAGACAGGAGUCGAGAGCACCAAGGGAAGCUUUGGUAUCCAAAGAAAAGCAAGAAACAGAGGAAGAAGAGCGCGUCUACCUUGAACAGAAAUAUUGACUACGACGACAUCCUGACCUAUGAGGAGAUGUCGCUCUAUCACCAGCCGGCCAAUCGUAAACGCCCCAUCGGUCUGAUUGGCCCCACAAACAGCGGCCACGACGAGCUGCGUCGGAGGCUUCUGUCCAUCGAACCGGAAAAGUUUGCUGUUGCUGUUCCACACACAACCAGAAACUCCAGGAUACAUGAGCGGAAUGGGCGCGAGUACAAUUUUGUGAGUCGGGCCGCCUUUGAAACCGACCUGGCGGCCGGGAAGUUCAUCGAGUCGGGGGAGUAUGAGAAGAACUUGUACGGCACCAGCACCGACUCAGCCCGACACGUCAUCAACUCUGGACGCAUCUGUCUGCUCUGCCUCCACACCAGGUCACUGCAGGUCCUGAGGACCUCCAACCUAAAGCCCUAUGUCAUCUUCAUCGCUCCUCCUUCUCAGGAACGACUACGCACCCUGCUGGCCGCAGAGGGGAAAACACCAAAGCCUGAAGAGCUAAAGGAGGUUAUUGAAAAGGCCCGUGAGAUGGAGCUCAAUUUCGGCCACUUCUUUGACGCGACCAUCGUGAACAUGGAUCCAGAACAGGCUUUCCACGAGCUGCGCAGGCUGAUAGACAAGCUGGACACUGAGCCACAGUGGGUGCCCACCUCCUGGCUGUGCUAGAGGUCGGUCACGGGGAUCACUGCAGGGGAGCCUCAGGGUGGAAGGAGGUAAACCGAAAUGAAUGUUCCUGGAAGGAUGGACAGUGCUGACGGUCACUGGAUUUUCACGUGCACAUUCUCCUCGUUUCUAGAAGAGGUGAUCUUUACCACGGGUUGCAGGGAUGGACUCUUUCUUACGUUUCUUUAUGUUGGUCUGUGUGUCUUUGUGUUUCUUUUUUCUGUUUUGUUCUCAGUUUUAUGCAAAGUCAUUUAUCAAACACAUAGAAAUCUUAUUUCUUAAUAGUUAUUUAUAAUUGUAAAUACAUAUUUUCUAGACAAAAGGAUAAAAUAUUUUAUUGUUACAUUUUCUGUGUGUGAAUGGUACGCUCAUCUGGGAGAGUGUUAAUGUUACAGUUAUAAACCAAAAGCUGUUUAGGUACCAAACAGAAGAGAAGCUGGCUGCAGUGACGUCUUCCAUUCAGAAACACAGAAGAAGAAACUGCUGUAACCUGCAGUUUUCAGGUCCUUCCUCUACACCAGUGUCAGUAUUAUUUCAUGUUGUGUCAUGUCUCAUUUACGCUGUGAUAACAGACCUCAAACUUAAGGUAUUGUCUCUAGCUGGUUAUCGUUACUAUCAGUAUAUAUCAAGCUGCAAAGUACUGUUUUUCACCAGUGUUGUAUGAACAAAACAUCUGAUCAGUUAGUGUCCAACAAAUACAGUAUGGCUUCUCUGCAGAGUACUUAUUAAAUCAUAUGCACAAUUCUGGAAAAGUGUUAAUAAAAUCAGAUACAUAUGUGACAAACUGAA